UUUUACCCGAGAAAUCAGCUAUCCUAUCGAAUAUUUGCGACUUGAUUAAGAAAACCCCAUGAUUUGAGGAACGAAAUUGACUCCUUAAUCUCACCUCCAUCCUUUUUAAUGCUCUUCUUGGUCUCUUCAUCAUUUACGUCUCCUCCCAAAUUGAUUGCUUUUGUUAUUGGAACCAGGGUUACCCCUAACGUUGAUCCACAACUAUUUCCCCAAUUUUCCAAGGUUUGAUUGGUUUAUCAACAUUCAUGGCGACAUCAAUCUUACAAAAAGGGAAGUUUCGGUUCUCAAACUCUCGAUUUGUAUUUUCACUCUAAUGUUUCGAUUUGCACUCACUCCUACUUGUACAUCUAUACUUGUUAUCUUUGUAGACCUGGUCAUUUCAUCUAUUAGUUGGGUAUUGAAUACAUACAAUAUGUUUUGUUGAUCUACCAGAGCAGUUGAUAAUAUCUUUAUUAAGAUCUAUUUAACUAAUCAAGUAUAAGAGUAUUUGUGAGAAAAUCAAGAUGUUUGUACAAAUCUUGUUGUCUCUAAAUGUAUGGGCCUAAUUGUUUUCUGUUUCACUCAUCAAUGAGUUUUAUUAAUGUUUUUGUCAAAUUUCUUUAAAUUUGUGGACGAUCACAAACUCUAUGCAUCUUAUAAGUGAAGUUAAAGUCCAAAGGUGUAUAACUCUAAUAUAGAAUUUGAUUUCGAAGUUACAAAUACUUUUUUGCUUUUGUGGUUAAAUACAUCUUUUAUAGUAUAUAAAAUUAAAACUGGUUCUUCUAUUUUUUUUAAGAAAAUGAAUACAAGGUGUAGCAUAUGUUUUUUCAUGGUAAUUAUAUUGAAAAAUCUAAAACCAUUUGAUGAAACUUUGGCUAAAAUAUAUUUAGCUCACACUUUAUAAGAUUUAGGCAUGGUUGUAGAAGCUAUAAUAUAGGCUCUAUAAAGCUGCCAAACUUCUUUUCUCUUUAUGUAAAACGUCAAAUUUCUAGCAUUACUGUAAUGGAUACUUACAACUAAGUCAUUUUUUGGUUUAACUGCAAGAACUAGCAACAUACUUUCUUUUACUUCAUUCUAUAGCAUCCUACUUUUAUUUCUUUAAAUUACAACAUUUUUAUUAUAAUUUUUUAUUAAAGCAUUGUAUAUUGAUACGUUUAUCCCGCUGUUAAAUAAAUUGUAAUGAAAUUUUAGACUUAUUGCAAAAAUGUAAAUAAAUAACUUGACCUUUUUUUUGUUGUCUACAAGUGUUCUCAAAGAUAAUAACUUAAGCCAUUUGCUAAGUUGUUUUUCUAUUCAUUGUUCAUUUUGCUCUUAUUAUUAUUUCUACUGGUGUUUAUUUAAAUUCUUUUGCAACUUCAGGUUAAUUUUUGUAUUGUACUUAAUUUAGAUUUUGUUAGCCUUUCCAUAAUCAUCCUAUUUUCCUUUUCUUCUUUUGUUUUCAUCCAAGUAUUAGUUGAUGAUACUUGUGAUUUCAUUUUUUUAAUUGCUAGCAAAUCAAUAGAUUGUAAUGAUGUGCAUAGUGGAGUUCUGAAGCUAAUGCUAAACCCAUAUUUAUACAUGGUGCAUAAGUGAGCUAAUUGUUGAAGUGCGUUCUAAAGGUUUUAUUUUUGUAUCUAAUUCAACCCGUUUUACUUAAUUAUUUAAUAAUAUGUUAUUUAUGGUAUACAAGAGCGCCAAUUUUUGAAUGGGUGUAGAGGAGAGGUAAUCAAACUAGCAAAAAAUAGUAAGGCAAAUAAUGUUAUGUUAGUUUUGAACAUUUUUUUAUAUUAUUAUGGUUGUUUACAUAUCGUCAUCGUUGUAGCUUGUAAGCACCAUAAGUGAAGCACCAUAAGUGUAGCCUAAUUGAGUCUGUAAUAAAUGUAUGUUGCUCCAAUUUACAUUAAUAAUUAUAUAUUUUAUAUUUUAGUUUAUUUAUCAGUUUAUGAAAAUGAAAAUAAAAAACAAUUAAUUCACUACCAAUGCAUUGAAUUUAGAUUGUAACUGAUAAGAAUAAUAAAAUACUUUUACAUACAAAAAAACAAAUUAUUAAAAAAGAAUAUCAUAUGUAUCCUAAAAAAAUGUUUAACAUGUUUAUUUUAAUCCAACAUUAGAGUUACAUCAAAAUCUUACAUAUUUUUAAGAUAUUUAUGAUAUCUUACAUAUUUAUGAUAUUUUUAUUUUUAAGAUUUUAUUAUGCGAGCAAAAAUCAUUUUUCUAGAUAAAGAGAUAAUAAUGGACCUGGCUUUAUUGCCAGCCCGUCCAGAAACAGUUAAGCGUGAAGUCCACAAGAGCGUAAAGGCGUAGUAUCAGGCCCAAAAGAUGUUUCCAGCGAAUCAAGAAUUAGCGGAGAAGCCAGAAAUGAGUGUGGUCGAUUGGUAGCACAGAGAGCAAGAGGUGAUUACGCAGCAAUGCAGACUCAAAUUUGCUGGGAAACAAAGGAAAUCCUUCAUGGCCUCCACUUACUUCUUAAACCCUAAGGUUUUGCACCUAUUUGAUCAGUAACAGAGUGAUGAAGGAAUCCAAGCGAGCAAAGACAUUAGAAGGCGAAUUAGAUGGGGUUGAUUUGAUCAGUAACUUGCCAGAUCGUGUUCUUCAAUUGAUUCUUUCACGUCUUCAAGGUACAGAAGAAGCAAUUAGAAGCAGCAUUUUGUCGAGAAGAUGGAGGUAUUUGUGGACUUCAAUUCCCUCCAUAGACAUAGAUUAUACCCGAGGUCUAGAACAUGAUCCCCAAAUGGUUUUGGAAAGUAUUGGAUUCAAAAAUUUUGUUUCUUGGGUUUUACUAAACAAACCCAUUGAUUUGGAUAGUUUUCGUUUACGUUGUGCGGAUUACUAUGAUAUGACGACCAUAAGGCAAUGGAUUCAUGCUGCUGUUGUGAGAAAAGUCAAACAACUUGACUUGAUGUUUAGCCCAAUAGACGAGUCUGAGGAUAUUGAGAUGCCCUAUUGUCUGGUGACUUGUGGUUCUUUGGAAGUGUUAAGGUUAUGUUUGCUCGGAUAUCAUCUAUGUUUGCCUAAGAUUACAGGGUUUUCUGCACUUAGGGUUCUUGAGUUGAAUGAUGUUACGUUAAAAAAGGGUGAUUUGGUAAAAUAUUUUCUUGAAAGCUGCCCAUUGCUUGAGGAUUUGAGUUUGUUACACUGCUAUGCUGAUAAACUUGUUAUUGCAUGUCCGAAGCUUAAGAAUCUGAGAAUUGAAAACCGGGAAAGAAUUUUUGAUUAUGAAACAGAAGAUUACAUAGAUUGUAGAAUGAGUUCAAGUGUUACGAUUUGUUGCCCAAAACUGGUGCUUUUGAACUUAACUGGCUCUGUAUCUCGUGAUUUUAUUCUCUACAAUCUAUACUCCUUGAAGAAAGCUGUGAUUCUCUGUAGAGACUUUCUUAAUCAGUUGGAUCCCCCUUGUGAUUUUUUUGAAAGAAUAUCUCAAGUGGAAUCUUUGUCCAUCAGCCUUUACUGUGUGGGACAGGCCUAUUGGCCAGAAGAAGAUGAGCCUGUAUCUCUACCUAAUCUCAAGACUUUGGAGAUAACAGUUGAUGCAGUGCAUAGGCUCAUCCCAUUUCUCAAAUGCUUUCCGGAUUUAGAGUCUCUUCAUUUGAUCUUUAUAAACGAAUCCUCACUUUUGGACCUAAUGGAAAAGUUUUUUUAUCGAGCGGACAAGUGCAAAUUAAAAAAUGCUGCAACAAUCAACUUCGUGACUCCUCGUCUUAAAAAGGUGGAGUUUCAUGAUUAUGAUGAAGAACAUCUAGCUUUAGCACGUGCCUUAUUGGAGAAUGGAAGUGCAUUGGAGGAAAUGGUUUUCAUUUGGAUUGAUGAAGCCAAGUUCCAUGAAAAGUCAUUGGAGACUAUGAAUCAAGUCUCAAACUUUCACAAGGCUUCUUCAAAUGUUAAACUUAGAUUUGUAAUCAAACCAAGACAAACCGAAUCGAUAUUGGCCCCAAAAAGAUUUGAAGUUGACUCAAGCAAGUGCUCGAGCAACUCGAGUAUUAAACUACUUGGCUGUUGAAGUCCGUGAGCUUAGUCAAAGUUACAGUUUUAUCCUUUUUUGGUACAUUGUAUCGACCGAGGUUAAACUCAUGACUCUACUCAAUGAAGGACUGAUGUUGUAAGAUUUGUAUUAAAAACUGUGCAAGUAGUAGCUACUUUAUUCAUGUUAUAGGUAAACCGGAUCUCUUUGUUUCAUGUGGAUGGUUCUUGGAUUUGGAUUUUGGCAUUACCCAACUUAAUGUUGCUCAUUUUCACUUAAA